UGAAAAAAUACGCGAUUCGUGUCCUCCGUCCGAGGAAUCUUUAUUUUGUACGAUGUACCGCAGUGUUUUUCCUUCACUUCGAAUCUAAAACUUGACCAGUGCAUUCGCUGUUUCUGACCAGGGUCAUUGAAGGACCAGAACUUCAAUGAAAUCCUAGCCAGCACCACCAUCCUGAAUGUUCUUGUGAAGUGGCCAUUGUAUGCUCUCUCCGGGAAUAAUCUAGUCAUGUAAAUGUUGCUAGUACUGAUUGUACAAAGCAGCAUCAAGUUGUAGUGAAAGCAACUAAUUAAAAUCCAUUGCGAAAAGUGUGUUUAUUUACAAGAUUUGUGCGUUGCUUUGUUUGCAUCUUGUGUCUGCCGGCAAAUAAGAGCGCUAUCUACAGCAAAAACUCUUCGAGGCCGGCGCAAUUGUAUGAAUUUUAAUGUGUCUAAGUCGCCAUAUUUAAUAAUUCAUCGACACCGUAACCUGACCAUUUCCAUCCGGGAUGGGAAACUCCAGUACAAAGCUAGCGGAGAAAUGCUCCCUGCUAGCCAAAAGCGAGGUGCCGGUGGUGGCCAGCUCCUUCAAACUAGUCAGCAAAAACUCGGAACGUAUCAAGGAAGAUGAUCUCAUGAAAUUUUGGGGCUCUCAAAUGGAUCCACGUUUGGCGCAGUACAUUACCAACUUCCUGUUUGGCCCGCUCGGUUCCCGCUCUCCGGUGGUCGAAUUCCAGCGGUUUGCCGAGCUGUACGUUUUCUGUGUCCGCGGUACCAUCGAUGAGCGGAUCAACGUGCUACUGUGCAGCCUUGGCCAGCAGCCCGAAUCGGAGUCGACGGAAAUCGCCUAUCCGCUUAUCAAAGAGUACGUGGAGGCGGUCGUCAGUAGCUACAUGCGCGCGAUCCGACUCGAAGGCGGUCCACAGUAUAAGUCGUGGGAAUCGCGUGGCUUCCGUAUCGUCAAGGAUUGUAUCCAGAAAUUGGCUGAAAGUUUGGCGUAUGAUGUGGUGCAGCAGGGCACGCAGAAAGUCACCCGGGCCGAUGCAGAACGAUGGUUACAUAUGAAUCCGACGUUCCUGAAGAUGUUGGAGCAUGUGUUUUCUCACCUGUACCACUAUCGCAACGUAAAGAAUGCUUCCGAGGCCGAUGGAAACGCACGGAAAAGCAUCAUCCCGCAAGAGGCGCUCCAGUCGAUGCUGCCGUACUGCGAAGGACUGCAGUACGUGCCCGAUUAUCCGGCCUUCACCGAUCUGUCGCAGAUGCUGUUCAUCAACUCCAACCUGCCUGGUACGUUGCAGAACAAGUGGCGCUUCCUAUUUUCGUCGCAAAUCCACGGGGAAAGUUUUUCGACACUGCUGGGUCGAAUAAUGGACCAAGGUCCAACGGUUGUUAUCGUCGAGGAUGCAAAUGGAUACAUUUUCGGUGGCUAUGCAACGGAUUCGUGGGCACUCAGUCCCAACUACGUCGGAAACGAGAACUCUUUCCUUUUUACACUGCGGCCAAAGAUGCGAUGCUUUCCCAGUACCGGGUAUAACGAUCACUACCAAUAUUUAAAUCUCCAUCAGCAAACGAUGCCAAACGGAUUGGGUAUGGGAGGCCAGCACAACUACUGGGGUAUGUGGCUGGACAGUGAGUACGGUCUCGGUGAGUGCUCGGAGUCCUGCACGACGUACAAGGGAUACUUCCAGCUAAGCGCCACCAAGAAGUUUAACAUAAGAAAUGUUGAGGUCUGGGGCGUUGGAGAUAAACCGGUGAAGGAAGAUGAAGCGGAGGAUGAAAAGUCUGGCGUACGUUCGAUACUGGAUGGGAAUGCGGACAGCAAGGCUAUGCUGAAGAUGAGUGGCCGCGAACAGUACUCGGAUGGCUACCGAGAGGAACCCAAGGACUAAGGCUUGCGUAAGCACGCCAGAAAGAAGAAGUGUUUCGUGAUGGGGCGCACGAUGGAAAUCAACUUGGUGGAUGUAACGGAUACAUUCAAUUUCAACUUUCUAUGAACAAGCCAUUAAGAGGUGUUCUCGUUCUCGGCUCGCUUGGCUAUAUCCGUUGUUGUAAAAUGAUGUUGCAGGGCACGGGCGUGAGUCUCGAAUCGAAUCUGAUCGAUCUUACGUUCAGGUGUAGCCGUACCGAACGCACAACGGUGACGGCCGGCAACGUGUGUUAGGAACAAAAGUCUGAAUAGUUUUUUCUCGAACGGGUUUAUAUUUUGUAUCUUCCGAAAUGGAAAGCGCUAUUUAAAUGUUAUCUAACAGCAAAUCGAACACCAAGAUUGCACCGAACAAAAAAACCAUCUACCACCCAGCACCGAUUAUCACUAGGCUCUUCAUCUGGCGUGAAAAGCGAUAAGCGAAACAACAGUCUCCACUAGAUCAACUGAUCGUUGUACAUCUGACGUGGAGAAAAAACGAAGAAUUAACUUUUCAAUGUUUGGGGAGCGCAAAAAACCGCACAAGUUAAGAACCGAUAUCAUGUAGGGUAGUAUCAAAGAUACACGACGUGUGAAAGUAACAGUUUAAAAAUACCUACAUGAUGUAAAUUGGAGAGGAAACAAAUUGAUUUGGCAGCGGAAGAAAACAAUUUCUGGGCGCAAACAGCACUUUGACGAUGGUUGGCAGACGGGAUGGGAGGAAUUUAAGAAAAAGGUUGGAACAUUUAUUGUCGUAUACUUAUCGUUCACAGAAUGUAAACCCUAUUUGAUGUACCAAAGUCCCGAUUAGGUAAGGGGUUAAGAACAGGCUUUCGUUAAGAAGAUGCUCAGAAUCUAUCAAUAUUAUACAACUAACUCCUCCUAGGCCACAUAAAAAAACACAAUAUUAAAUGUUACAAAGCAGAGCAAAUUACAAAGAGCGCAAAGCGUGUGCUCCCAGUUUCAAAUGUACAAUCAAAGUGUAUUAUUUUUUGUUUGUUAUUUAAAAUUGUAUCGCUCGUUUUAAUGUACGACUGGAUGUACGCAUAUUUUACAGUGCCAUAUAAUAUGUGGUUUCUAAUAUCACGGUGGAUAAUUUUUCGAACUGAGACAGCUUGAAAUUGUUUUACAAACGUAGUUUAAGCACUAGGAAAACAGAAAAGGAAAGAUUUUAUCCGGAAUGUUGUGUGUAAAGUAUCCCACAGUGGGAAAAUCACUUCUCUUCGCUGUACGUUGUCAGUUUCUUCUCGGUGUGUUUGUAGCUGUGUAACAUUGUUAAAUAGAUGCACAGAUUUGUGAGGAUAUGAAAAUAAAAAAUAUG